GUGUGUUUCUACAUACAAACAAAACAAAAUUACAAUGGGUAGCCAAGCCGCAGUUUCAUUCCUAACCAACAUAGCCCGAGCCGCAUUCACUCUGGGUCUGGGCGGUACCCUUCUCAGCUCAUCCCUUUACACAGUUGACGGCGGUCAACGUGCCGUUCUGUUUGACCGUUUCCGUGGAGUUAUCGACGAUACCGUUGGUGAAGGCACUCAUUUUUUAAUCCCAUGGCUACAAAAACCGUACAUAUUCGAUAUUCGUACGAAGCCACAUACGUUUUCUUCGAUAUCGGGGACUAAGGAUUUACAGAUGGUUAAUUUGACUUUAAGGAUAUUGUCUAGACCUGAAGUGCCGAGAUUGCCAGAGAUAUUUAAGACGCUUGGUACUGAAUAUGAUGAGAAAGUGCUUCCUUCUAUUGGUAAUGAAGUGCUUAAAGCUGUUGUUGCUCAAUUCAAUGCUGAUCAGUUACUUACUGAGAGGCCACAGGUAUCCGCACUUGUACGCGAGAGCUUGAUUCGACGUGCCAAGGAUUUCAACAUUGUGCUUGAUGACGUGGCGAUCACGCACUUGUCGUAUGGAACUGAGUUUUCGAGAGCUGUGGAGCAGAAGCAGGUAGCUCAACAGGAGGCUGAGAGGUCAAAAUUUGUGGUGAUGAAAGCUGAUCAAGAGAGGAGGGCGGCGAUUAUUCGGGCUGAAGGAGAGAGCGAAUCUGCUAAGCUGAUUUCUGAUGCUACUGCGGCUGCUGGAAUGGGUUUGAUUGAGCUUAGAAGGAUUGAAGCUUCUAGAGAAAUUGCUGGGACUUUGGCUAAGACUCCUAAUGUUGCUUACUUGCCCAAGCAAGGGAAUAUGCUUCUUGGACUCAAUCGUUGAGUAGGUGGUUUCUUUAAUGGUGGUGUAUUGUAAUGCUAUUGUUGGUAGCUUCGGUGGCCUCUCCUUACCAGUCUGUUUUUUGGUUCAAAGAACACUUUGAUUCAUCCUGGACAAAUGCAUGUUAGCGUCGUAUAAAGAAAACAUUGAGGAUGUUUUUGUUUUGGUUCCCUUUAUGAUGCAUGUCAUAUUUUGUUUAUUUAGACAAUCCACUGCUGUUUUCCUCAGCUUACCCUAUUACUAACCUAGUCUAAAUAAUUGUAUCACGCAACAUUUUGAAGAGCCUGAUGCAAACUCUUGCACGUGAA